AGGCUGAUUCGACGGCGGCGUCUAGCUGCCCUUUGUGUAUUUGUGAGUGCUAGUUUUACCUGUUCCCCUUUCGCUGAACGUGGUGGAAUUGCCUGUCGCAAGGUUUGACCACAAGAGACAUCGUCACAGGCCGACAUUCAGACAAAUGGGAAAAGUACGGCCAUAGAAAGAUAAAACACUGGUGCCGCGGAGUCUUCCCUCCCUCACACACGCUCCUUCAACAGUCGGAGGAGAAGCAGCCGGAGAAGGGAAAAAUAAAACAGCCUGUCCGAUCGCUCGUGAGUUUCGACAUAUUAGUUGAGGGUUCUAGCUGCUACACAUAGCUAUACGGGUAAUAGUUGUGCAAUUGCUAGCAACUACGGUCAUCUUCAGCAAAGAAAGCGGCACCUGGCGGUACAGGCAAAGAAACCUUCUAAACUCGUUCAGCAAGAGUAACCCUGCAAGCGAGAAGUCAACAUCGAGAAAAAAAAAAGCGACUAGGUGCUUACCGAAGCCGCCGGUAUAAUAUAACCGGUCAGAUCUUCCUUCAGUAAAGGACAAACGAGACAGAGUAGCUCCAGGCAGGAAACAUGAAUUCGCGGAAGGGCUUGACGCCUGGAGCACAUCGGGGCAAAAUAAUCGGUGUAUUCACAUCCGGCGGAGAUUCUCAAGGUAUGAAUGCCGCGGUUCGCGCUGUGGUCCGAAUGGGCCUGUACCUUGGCGCAAGGGUAUUCUUCAUUCGCGAGGGCUAUCAAGGAAUGGUAAACGGAGGCAACAUGAUCGAAGAAGCUACUUGGGUAUCCGUAUCUGGCAUCAUCCAUAAAGGUGGCACUAUUAUCGGAUCUGCACGAUGCGCAGAGUUUCGCGAGAGACAGGGCCGUAUGCGGGCUGCCCUAAACCUUAUUAAGCACGGCAUCACGAAUCUGGUGGUCAUCGGAGGAGACGGUUCUUUGACUGGUGCCGAUCUUUUCCGUCAAGAAUGGACUUCAUAUCUCGAUGAGUUUCUGAAUGACGCGAAGAUCACUGAGGAGGAGCGUCAAAAAUGCUCACACCUGCACAUUGUGGGCAUGGUCGGUUCUAUCGAUAACGAUUUCUGCGGAACUGACAUGACUAUCGGUACGGAUUCGGCCCUGCACCGGAUCGUAGAAGCCGUGGACGCGAUCGUAACGACAGCUUCCUCGCAUCAACGAACCUUCAUUCUUGAGGUGAUGGGCCGUCAUUGCGGCUACCUUGCUUUAGUUGCCGCCCUAGCGUCCGAGGCGGACUUCGUCUUUAUUCCCGAAUGGCCACCUGAAGGUAACUGGCAAGAAAUCCUCUGCAAGAAGCUGAUUCAGGAACGUGAAAGCGGCCAGCGGCUAAAUAUUAUUAUUGUUGCAGAGGGUGCCAUGGAUCGUGACGGUCAACCAAUCACGGCAGAAAAUGUUAAAAAGGUGGUGGUUGAUAGGCUCCAGCAGGACACCCGAGUGACAGUGCUCGGCCACGUACAGAGGGGUGGAUCCCCUUCUGCAUUCGAUCGAGUGCUUGGCUGCCGUAUGGGAGCUGAAGCCGUAAUGGCGCUGUUCGAGGCAACGCCAGACUCUGAAGCCUACGUUGUAUCACUUGCGGGAAAUCAAUCAGUCCGGGUACCGCUUAUGCAAUGUGUCCAGAAAACGAAGGAAGUUGGAAAGUGUAUGGCCAACAAGGACUGGCAGAAUGCUGUCAAAUUGAGGGGCACUUCCUUCGAGCGAAAUCUGCUCACGUACAAAAUGCUAACCCGUCUUAAACCUCCCAAGAUCGCUUCCGAAAUCAAACAGGGGCUGAGAUUGGCUGUGAUGCAUGUGGGGGCGCCAUGCUGCGGCAUGAACGCCGCUGUGCGGUCCUUCGUAAGGAACUGCCUCUUUAGAGGCGAUACAGUGCUGGCCGUGCACGAGGGCGUCGAAGGUCUUCUAGAAGGGAACAUCAAGGAAAUGCAAUGGCAAGAUGUCAGUGGCUGGGUUGGACAGGGUGGAGCAUUUCUAGGAACCAAACGUACACUGCCUGAUAAGCACAUGGACCAAAUAGCAGCUAACAUCAAGAAAUUUAACAUACAGGGCUUAUUAAUAGUUGGCGGCUUUGAGGGAUACCAAUGUGUACUGCAGAUGGCGGAGGGUCGGAGCAAAUAUCCUGAACUAUGCAUACCCAUGUGUGUGGUGCCAGCGACCAUAUCGAAUAACGUUCCCGGAACUGAUUUCUCACUUGGAGCAGAUACUGCACUUAAUGAAAUAACGGAAAUCUGCGAUCGUAUCCGUCAAUCCGCUCAGGGCACCAAAAGAAGGGUGUUUGUUGUUGAGACGAUGGGCGGCUAUUGCGGUUAUCUAGCAACUCUGGCCGGCCUGGCCGGGGGAGCCGAUGCAGCAUACAUUUACGAGGAAAAAUUUGGCAUUAAAGAUCUCAUGGGUGACGUCAUUCAUAUGCAGGCUAAGAUGUCCGAGGGCGUUUCUCGAGGCCUAAUUUUGCGUAACGAAAAUGCCAAUCAAAAUUACACAACAGACUUCAUUUUUCGGCUUUACUCUGAGGAAGGCAAGAACAUAUUCACAACUCGCCAGAACAUCCUCGGUCAUAUGCAGCAGGGAGGAAGCCCGUCUCCCUUUGAUCGAAAUUUUGGCACCAAAAUGGCUUCCAAAGCAGCAAACUUUCUUAUCGAGGCACUUAGCAAGGGACCUGCGUUCUGCAAGACUCAGGAAUCGGCAGUUCUGCUUGGUCUGGUCCAGCGUCAAUACAGAUUUACGCCGGUUCAGGAAUUGCAAAAGGACACCGAUUUCAAAACCCGACUACCGCGCGAACAGUGGUGGCUCUGUCUGCGGCCGGUUCUCUACACCUUGGCUACAUCAGUAAAGUACUUGGAGAAGUCCGCUGAUGAACGUAAACGGGCGGCUCUGUGUGUAAGCCAGUCAAUCGCCGAAGAUAUCGCCGAGGCUUUAUGUGAUGAAUCGUGAAUGGUGUGCGAAAAUGAUCAGGACUAUACGUCUAUGUUUUGGCCUUCGAAAAUUUUGGCCACAUGUAUCAGGGCUUUAUGAUGUUUACUAGUCAUUUUAUUCAAAGGAUGUUAACAUAUUUAUUAGAAUUCAGAGUUCCCUGUUAUCUCGUUUAAAUUUUACUUUAGCUUUAUUUAGAGAUAAAGCUGGCGAUACGUACUGCUUUUUGUCGGUUAUUGGAUUAUCACUGGGUUGCUUUAACUUCAUUUAGUACACAGUCAGAUUGGCAAAAGGUCAUGGCAUAAGUACAACUUAUUAACAUUUUAUCCUGCUCCACUUACAAUACAUGCUCUUGAGUAUGAAACUAUUGUCGAAUUGUAAGAUAAAAAAUAUGAUAUAAAUCGUGAUUCGCGGAUGAUCACGAAUCUUAUCGCGCAAAUAUGCAAGCCGAAUUUGCAGAAGAAGUUCAACCCAUCUGCAUAAAAUUUCUUAUGGACACCCAGAUAUUGCCACGGAGGAGGACAACUUUACGUGUUAUCACACCUUUGUGUCCGCCACGGUUCUGCGACGGCGGAAUGGUACUGCACUAAGUAAAACGUAUGGAUAGUACCUUGUGCGCACACGUAGACCGGCAUGCUGUCAUGUCUUACGUGGACUAAAAUAAUACGUAGUACGUAGAAAAACAUGCAAGCAUUAUAUAUAUGCUGUUCUCCGAAGGAACUUUGGAAUAUAGAAAUUUCAGGUUGCAUAAUUUACAUUAGUUCACGUGCAUAAAUAUGUAAGAAUCAGAUGACGAUUCAAAAUAAUUACCGUUAUACUCUUGUAACAACGCUUGUUGAAGGUCGCGUGCAAAUGCUCUUCAUGCACUCCGAAACAAGCAACCGAAGCAUCAUCUUUCUACUCAAAGCCUGUAAGGUCUAUCUCUAAGUCAGGUGUAAAAUUUUUGAGCAGUCAGCAAGCGCGCAUACAUCAAAUAUCACAUUAAAAGGAGGAAAACACAUGACCAUUUUCGAAAUACCACACGCUACAUCGAUUCGUAUGUACAAAAUAUACCCAAAAAGGAUCAUACACGCUAAAAUGAAACCUUGAUGUUAAGGUUAUUACAACGACCCGAAUACGACGAUAAUAGAUGCGAUACCACGGAAAAAAGAGCAUCGCUGUUGCAGAAGAAAAGACUAGAACAGAAGCUCUAACGCUGCUCAAUCCUAGUGACUAAUGACCUAGUCGAAGCGGCGAAUAUGUAGCUCAAUCAGAUUGUGAAUGCCGAAAUCAUCUGUCAAAUGGCCAAACAAUAAAUUAGCCGACAUCUCUGAGUUAAAUCAA